CACCUUGGGCUGUUGUUGUUAAACUCAGGCUACAGGACUCAUUUGGAGCCUUUACUGUAAAAACAUGCCCCUGCUUUCCCAAGACAACCACGAGUGCCUCCAGAAACAGUUUUGCAGGCCAUCCACGUGGAAGCAAUUUCUGCUCCUGCCCAGGGCUGAAGCAUAUAAUGCAGACAUUCACCAAACCACGAAAAAAGAAAGGGACACCAAGGCUAUGCCUGACAUCAAGAUCCCAGAUUCACCCGCGCCCAAGCUGCUCAGCCUCCUUUCUAGCAUGCUCUCCAACUUUGCGCGGUUCUUCUCUCACCUUCUCCGGAUACCCAUUUCUGAUGCUCCCCAGCGGCGCUGGGACUUCUCUCUCCCGUUGCCUGCCCUACCUGCUUCUCGUCCGUUGGGGGCAGCUCUGACACUGACUGGCAGACCCGCAGGGAGAUGCCUGUCCCGGCAAGAGGAUGCCAGCGCCAGGCAGCUCUCGUCCAUGCUGCGGAUGGGCUCAGAACGAACGGAGAUGCGGAAGCUACAGAUGUCUGCCGCCCAGGAGACUUCAGAAUCCCUCCCAGGCCGGCACAGAGUGGGGAACCGAGGAUCCAAUGCGUGUUGCUUCUGCUGGUGCUGCUGUUGUAGCUGUUCUUGUCUCACGGUUAGAAACCAAGAACAGAGACCCAGGAGGGCUUCCCAUGAACUCAGAAGAGAUGACCUUCCAACCUGUGAGGAAAGCCCAACUCCUACUCUGGAAGAGGUCAGCACCUGGGCACAGUCCUUCGACAAAUUAAUGCUCACUCCAGCGGGAAGGAAUGCUUUCCGGGAAUUCCUCCGAACGGAAUUCAGUGAAGAAAAUAUGCUUUUCUGGAUGGCAUGUGAGGAACUGAAAAAAGAAGCCAAUAAAAGCAUUAUUGAGGAAAAGGCAAGGAUAAUAUAUGAAGACUACAUUUCUAUUCUUUCUCCUAAAGAGGUCAGCUUAGACUCCCGAGUAAGAGAAGUCAUCAACAGGAACAUGGUGGAGCCAUCCCAACACAUAUUCGAUGACGCACAACUUCAGAUUUACACCUUAAUGCACAGAGACUCAUAUCCCCGAUUCAUGAAUUCUGCUGUCUAUAAAGAUUUGCUCCAGUCCUUAUCUGAGAAAUCAGCUGAAGCAUAGGAUGUUAUAAACUAUAUUUAUUAUUAAUAAAAUAACUCAUGGACUACGUCUAGUACAAGGAAUUUAGAGGUAGCAGUCAGUGUCUUCUGCUGGAGUAAUACUGGGCUAUUUUUUUUUUUAAAUAUGUU